ACGCGCGUGUGCAGUAGCUCCGUUUUAAUUUUCUACACAAAAUAACUUUAUUGCGUGACAUUUAAUGCCGUUACAACUCGAUUCAGUUCUUUUGUUUGACGAAACUCAUUUGGCCAACGACAAUUAAUUAAUUACUUCUUUAAUUUGUUGUUUUUGCCGCAUCUGAUACAGUUUAUGAUACUGAAGAUUAGAAGGACUGUUCUGUGAACAAUAAUGUAAGUAUCUGGUGUUGAUGUCUGCAACGGUGCUGUUUUUCAGUGUGGCAAAGCGGCGCCUUUAUGCCCACACGCAGCGCUUUGCCAUCAUUAGAGCCCAACAUCUGCCAUCUAAGGGAGAAAAUGAGGAGCAAAAGAGAGAAGAAAAAGAACCACAAAGCCCAGAGGAUCCAACGAGCAUACUGGUGUACAACCCCUCCGCUUACUACCAGACAAACAACGUCCGUGCCUUGGGACGUUCAUAUACCGAAGAACCAUCCUCUAACCUCCCCAUGAACCCUGCUUUCCGACAACAGAGUAACCCGUACAGCAUCAGCUCUUCGCGACGUCUCUCCAGUGCCAAAAACACGCUGCUAAACCUGGCUUUUAGUAAAGCUGGAUCUAUCAGAGGUGCCGCACCCACCCCAUAUGGCACCAAAGAUCCAGGUGCCAAAGGUGACCCUCGAGCGUUUCAGAGAUGUCGACCGGAAUACCUCAAUAUGACCCAUGACGUCUCCCAGCAUUCGUUAACUAUUGACCUCAACGAGGCCUCAUUACUUCUUCAUAAAGUCACUGUUCUAAAAGGCAACAUGGAACCAUCAGAUGUCGCUAAUUUCUUGUGCAAACUUGGCCAGUUGCCCAACGAACGCACGGCAGUCGUUAGAGGGGAUACGCGGUUCAACAUGUUGCUGCGGUAUAGCGUGGAAAGCCUGCAAGACUUCACGCAUGCACAGUUAUUAGAUGUGCUGAGGGCCUUUGUGAAUUUGGGACUGCCUAAUUCCCAUAGCAUAUUGGGAUUGUUUGAAACAGAGUUUUGCCGCCGAGCAAGUGAGAUGGAGCUUCACCAGUUGCUACUCGCCGCUGACUUGUGGCGGUGCCUUGGUCGAUCCGUUCCUCGGUAUUUGGAGAAGCUUUUUUACAGCAUUACCCAAUACUUUAACCAGAUAGGUCCACCAGAACUAGUCCAACUAUUGUACGUUGUUGGAGAAGGCAGGAGAUGUCCAGAUACCCUCAUUCAGCCCAUUGAAUCUUUACUCAUGCGUCACUUAAACCAACUGAUGGCUGAAGAAUUAGGUGCCGUUUGCUUAAGCCUCUUCAAAUCCCAGAUGUCCCUGUCUGAGAGAGCCGUGCGCAGACUUGUGGACAGGACGCAUGCGGUAGUCAAGGACAUGAGUGAUUUCGGAAUCGUGAAUGUAAUGAAACUUAUGCGAUUUAGCUAUCUGGAUCAUCUUCCGUGGUUGGAGGCCAUGGGAUUGGAGGUACCUCAACGUGCCCCAAAGAUGGGGGUUCAAGGCCUCAUGCACGUUGUCUUGGCCUGCUCCGCUCUGCACUACCGUAACGAUCGGAUUCUCCUGGCCGUAGCCGAACAGCUCCCUAAUGUACUCGAGCACUGCAGAAGUAAAGAUGUCGCGAAGAUGCUGUGGUCUUUCGCCACGUUAGGUUUCCUUCCAAGCCAAUGUCCCAACCUCUAUCCCAGUCUCACUAAAAUCCUAUGUGAACGUGAGGCUGAAUUUCAGAGAUUCCCUGAACAUCUCCUCACGGGCCUGCUUGGGCUUGCUUUUGUGGGUCAAUUCCCACACGACUUGCUUAACCUGGCUUUAAGCACGGAGUUUAUCAACAAGGCCUGCAACUCCCAGGAGCUUGAGUUGAGGAAAGACUUGUUCACCUUAGAUGGAACUGUAGGUCUAGAGUUGCCUGGAUGGACAGGCCCAAGGCUAAGUCAUGCGAUGAAGGAAGAGGUGACAAAGCAGUUAUGGGAUUUUGCCCAGGCAGAUAUUUGCCAGAAGCCCGAGGUGCUUGAGGCCGAAUCUAUGCUUCAGAAACUUCUGGGUGGAGAAUGGUUUGUGCGCAAACACAUGAUCUUUCCACAUUUGCGCUCCAUUGACCUAGAGGUUCACUUGGACCAUAGUGAGGAGCCUCUUCCUCUGUCCUCUGGACCUUGCCAACAGAAUCUCCCUCAGAAAGGUGCUGCCUGGUCUCGAGACUGGGAACAAAGACUCUCUGGAGUUACCCUAACUGAUGACCUACUAGCUCAGCUCACGAAUACCCAAAAGACCCCAGUGUGCCCGCCCAACAAGCAAGUCCAAAAGCCAUCACUUCACAGAGUUGUGCCAGUCCAAGAGAGGGAAAGUAUUUUCAGUGUCGGUGUUGACUUGACGGAUGACCUUGUGAUGGCAUUGACAAAAUCUGGGAAGCGCUCAUCGCACCUGGAUGAUUCAAAACCAUCUUUUGUACGACUCGCUGUUCAAGUGACAAAUAGGAAUCAGUAUUGCUACAGGAGCCAGCAGUUACUUGGAUUACAUGCACUGAAAAGGAGACAACUCGUGCUUGCAGGAUACCGAGUUGUAGAGUUACCCCACUGGGAAUGGUUUCCCCUACUGCGACGCUCUCAGGCAGAGAAACUCGCCUACCUGCACUGCAAGAUAUUUAGCUAUUCUGACUCCAAAAAUACAGACUAGAACUUCAUUGACUGAUUAGAUUUUAUACAUCAAUAAACGUUCAAGCUAGAUCCUUACAGAUUGUUCCUUGAUCUAAUGUCUCUAAUUAUAUGGUGGAAAGGUGUGUUGUUGCUUGUAAGGUGCUUUUAGAGAUUUUAUUAAUGAGAUUUCACAGAAUGAGUUUCAUUCUGUGUCAUUUGAGUCAUCAUUGAGUCUGUGUCAUGUAUUUGGCGCCAUCUCCUGGUGGUCAUAUGUAACAUUGUGCUUCAUGUGGCUUAUCUAAUGAUCAAUACAUCUGAUAAUCACCUCCUAAGUAAUGGUAUGUGAUAUUUUGUGUUCCGUUUAUUUUCGUGACGUUAUAAGCGAAAACGCGACAAAUAAGUAACACAACAUAAUUGUCAUAGAUAUAUAUUUGGCUGUUACUCGCUAUAUUUUUGUCUGUUAGUGAAACAAAUGGUAUGUUUGUAUUUUACUCCUUGAAAGCUUUCCAACAACAUACGACACAUGACUAUUUGAUGAGAUUGAUGUUUUUACCGAUUCCAAUAAUUGAAUAUCUCCGUUUACCCUGUCCACGCUACAACGCGAAGGUGCCGUUUUUAGGUUUAUCCACUUUGGAUGGCGUUUUCUGAAAGCUCCGUUUUCGCUGGACAAAAAUGCCAUCUAAGUGUGGACGGAAGGCCAAAAUGCAGCGAUUUCAAACGAAAACAUAUUACCGUACAUUCACACCAGAAGCGGCGAGAGCGUCAAAAUUCGCUCUGGCUGCCCUGCCUUCAACGCUCGAGGAUGCUCGUAGAUGCUCUGACGUAGUUGAAAUAGGUAGCAACGUUUGUUCAAAAUGCUUUGUUUUGUGAACUAUAUUUAAAGGGGCCGCAAUUUAAACAUCCAGACAUGUCGACCAUUUACUUUUUGCCGACCUAUCACAAGUAGCGUAUAUCCUCAUGAACUCUUUAAAAUCGAUCGAUGGCAGAAAGUAAUUAAAAUUUUAGUUUUUUGUUAUCAAAAUAAAAUACAUUUGUAAUAAUAACUGUGGUCUUGGUUGUUUUAUAUCCCUGUAAGCAAACAGGGACAAAUCAUAUAGGGAAACCUGUCACGGCAAUAAUCAGUUUCUCCUCCAUUUUAUCUUCGGAACGAAUGUUUGGUGGAAACCCAAGUUUACACGGUUGUGUUCUCUAGACGUCGCUAGAGCGGAGCGCUUCUAUAUUCCAAUAGGUUGCAGCCAAACCGCGUCACAGCUCAUUACCAUAAUGUUGACUGCACUUGAACUUUCAUCUGACGCCCACGCCGCCCAAGACUUGCCGCGCCGCCGAGAGACGCUGGCAGUCAUUGAAAAUGAAAGACUUCCGGUCGAUUUGACGCUCUCGCCGCCUCUGGUGUGAACGCACAGUUAGGGUGGACGUAGCCUAACACCCUGUCUACACUGGCGCGAGCGUCGCGUUAAAAGCAUUAGAACCCAUGAUAAUCAUUGAAGCUGUCUACACUGGAAGGAUCCAUUGCGGCCUGUUGUGUCGCGCCGACAGUAAACGGGUGUCCCGUUCCACUUUGCACCGCACUCGUUGACGCUAUUCCCACUAACAACACAAAUAAAAGGUUUAGAACGUCCAUGUCAGUGCUUUCAGUGUAGACCACAUCAAGCCGUUGCGUCACGUCGCUUUGCAUCAACAGACGUGCGUGGUGUAGACCGGGUGUAAGUCCUUUUCCGUCAUCGGGUGGAAUGGUUCUAGUAGCAUUUCAGCCGGAGCACCGUUUGUCCACAAACCGUUCCCAACCUGGAUUCUUAGCGUGAUUAGUUAACAUUCUCUGGAAAAAGAACGGUUCUAGUGGAACGGCUUUACUCACGCGUCACGUCAUGAUUGGUCCGUUCCCAAGUCAGUCUACUCUAAUCCUUAUUUUGCAGCACCACAGUGGAAAAAAACGUAGCCUCUAGCCUGUAUCAGUACGGAAUGACACGGCUUUUGCUAUUCCGUUCGUUGGCACUAGUGCCGCCAAAAUGACACACUUCAGCUUUAACAGAGUUAAGACGAAUUGCCGAAUUCCAGAUCGCCUCGUUCUGAGCAGAACGAAUAGGAAGGCGUCCGACACAUGCGCAGUACAACUGCUUUGUCACACUCUUUUAGUACAGUCAGUGGCUAGCGCAUGCGCAGACGACGUGCACCGACGAGGACUGCGUGCUCAAGAAAAUCUACUGUGCGGCUGUGCUGAUGACGCAAUUUGUGUCACACAAAGACUAUCAGCUAAAGCAGAUUAAGGGAAUAUAACAUGCUCUACCAGACAUCAGAAG